AUGUCCUACGGCGGACGCGCGCUGCGCAUGCUGGAGGUGCGCAUCCCGCUGCACGCGGUGCGCGACCAGGACGCAGCGCUCGAGUGCCGCUUCAACCUGGAGGGCGAGACGCUCUACUCGGUCAAGUGGUACAAGGACGGCAACGAGUUCUACCGCUACCUGCCGCAGGACAGCCCUCCGGCGCAGCUCUUCCCGCUGCCGGGGGUGUCCGUCGACAUCCGCAACUCGUCGGAGAGCCAGGUGGUGCUGCGGUCUGUGAACCUGUCCAGCACGGGCCGCUACCUGUGCGAGGUGUCGGCGGAGGCGCCGUCCUUCGAGACGGUGUCGCAGCACGGGGACCUCGUCGUGGUCGCGCUGCCGGAGGAGGGACCCCGCAUCACCGGAGGCAGGCCGCGCUACCAGGUGGGGGACACGGUCAGCGUCAACUGCACGUCCGGCCGCUCCAAGCCGGCAGCGCAGCUCAUGUGGUUCAUCAACGGCCAGCAGGCGAACCAGACGCAGCUGCGCGGGCCGCACGCCAAGGCGCGCGGAAGCGACGGGCUCGAGGCGGCCGUGCUGGGGCUGGAGUUCAAGGUGGCGGCGCGCCACUUCGCGCGCGGCGACCUCAAGCUCAAGUGCCUGGCGACCAUCGCGACCGUGUACUGGCGCAGCAACGAGGAGAGCGUGGAGGGCGACCGGCCGCAGAGCGCGCCCGUGCUGGAGAGCCGCGGCUCGUCCCGCGCCGGACUCGUGCACGCGGCCGGUCGCUGCGCGCCGGCCCUGAGCUGCAGCCACCUGGUGCUGGCCUGCGGCUGCCUCGCCGUCAUGGCCAGCAGGCGCGGCGCCGCCGGCUGCGGCAGCUAA